AUGGAUUUGGGUGGUCGUGCUAAUGGAUUGGGGAUUGAGUUAUUGAACCAGUCCAACUACAAGUGGAAGCAGAUUAAUGCUAAGGCGGAGUUUAUCCUAAAGAGACCUAUCUAUCCUAAUUUAUUUGAUCAUAUUAUAAGGUGUAAAUCAGCUCAUGAAAUAUGGAGGGCCUUCGAUCGACUGUUCAACAAGAAGGAUGAAGCUCGGCUACAGAUUUUGGAGAAUGAGUUAGCUAACACCACUCAAGGUAAUCUCUCUAUCGCCGAGUAUUUCUUGAAGGUUAAAAAUCCGUGUUUCGAAAUUUCUCUAUUGAAUCCGGACGAGGCUAUCUCUGAAGCACGAAUAAGAAGAAUCAUUAUUCGUGGUUUAAAGCCAGAAUAUAUUUCAUUUGUUACAUCGAUUCAAGGAUGGGUUCAACAACCAUCUUUGGAAGAAUUUGAGAAUCUGCUGUCGUCACAAGAGCUACUAGCCAAACAGAUGGCUGGUGUAUCUAUCAAAGAAGGGGAAGGAAAUGCUCUUGUGGCCGAUAAGAGAAACUAUAGAGGGAAAUCAAGAGAAGCAUGCACUUUCAAUCCUCAAGUGGUUCAAGCUCGCCAGGAAAGAAGGGGGAGUCUUCCAGUAACGGUAAAAAACUUUUAA